UUUGGGCUUUAUUUUUCAUAUCUCUGAAUGAUAAUUCAUUCGGCGCUCUUUAUGAUAUAAAGCCUGUUGGCCGCGUUUCAAGUUUGAACUAUGAGAAUACCUUGAUGCAGAUGUUGUUGGAAGUGAAGACUGAAGUGGCAUUACUGACGAAAGAAAUAAAGGAACUAAAGGAGACUAAACAGGAUGGAAUCAGAACUAAUUACAGCAUUUCUACAACGAACAUGGAGAAGACUUUGCUUGAAUUGAAGAGUGAUGUUGCUGCACAGGCCACAGAAAUUGAUGAACUAAAACAAAGCGACCAUCAAUCAGUAGCAUUUAUGGCACAGCUAUCUAAAAUUCUGGUAAAUCCACCACAACACACGGUCGUGAUAUUUGAUUCGGUUUUGACAAAUGUUGGAGGCGCUUACAAACCGAGUUCUGGAAUGUUCCUUGCACCUGUUAACGGAACAUACACGAUACAUCUUGUUGCAAGUUCAACACCAAAGACAACAUCUGAAUAUCUUCAUUUGUAUAUCAUGCACAACAUGCUGAAAGUUGGUUACAUUUUCUUGGACCAAAAUUCUGAUCGCUGGCUUAUGCGAUCCACAGCUAUUGUCGUCCAACUACGUGCCGGUAACACCGUAUUUGUUAAAAUUGGAAACACAAACCCGAAAGGAACGCUCGCGGGUUCUGACUUUCAUACAGUCUUCAGUGGUUUUCUGAUCAAAUGAAUUUGCUUUAAAAAAACGGAUAUUGUCAAAUUGAAAUUCAUCAACAUUCCCUUCCAUUCUACUUUACAUCUCUAUAAUGAAACUGUAUUUUCACGAUCUAAUUAUGUUUAGGUAUCUUUUGCACAUUAUGAAUAAGCGCAAUAAUAUCCCAGUGACACCAGAUAAUAAAAUAACUUAGUUUUCUGCUUUAUUAAAAACAGGUUUGGAAGCAACUUUGCUAUAAUUGUGAAGUAAUUCUGAUUAUACAUUACUUGCUUUAUCUUUUAUUUCAAGAUUACACUAUACAUAAAAUACAUAAUCUACAACUAUCUACAGAAAAUCUAUAAAGCUUCUAAAAGAAUACAUGUAUAUCAUAAUGAACAACCCGAAUAAAGGCUGGAAAGGGA